GAUAUUAUGGUUUUUUGACCAACCACCAACACCUGUGAAAGCAGAACACAAAGAAGAAUGCUGCUGUGUGUGUAACAGUAUGCUGUCCAUGGUCACAUUUAGGUCAUCUUGUGGAACCUUAGAAAGAAACAAGGGUAAUAGUAAGAAAAUGAUGUUUAAUAGAAGUAUCUUCGCUACACAGUCAGACUGAAACAGGAAAAGUUCUUUGGAGCCACGUGGUUAUGAUAUCACUGAGAUUCCAUAAUGCCUCCUGCUGUGACAGACAGUCUUGACAUCUGGGCAGUGGAUUCACAGAUUGGUGCUGAUGGCUCAAUAUCUGUGGACUUCCUGUUGCCCACUGGAAUCUACAUCAACCUGGAUGUCCCUCGAGAUGCCACCAUAUCUCAUAUUAAACAGCUGUUAUGGAAGCAGGCACAUGCCUAUCCACUCUUCCACCUCCUCAUGGAGAUUGACUCUUACAUGUUCUCAUGUGUGAAUCAGACUGCUGUACAUGAAGAAUUAGAGGAUGAAACCCGGAGACUUUGUGAUGUUAGACCCUUUCUUCCUGUCCUUAAACUAGUGACAAGGAAUUGUGAUCCAGGAGAAAAGUUGGAUUCCAAAAUAGGUGUCCUCAUAGGCAAAGGUCUCCAUGAGUUCGAUGCCUUACAAGAUCCUGAAGUGAACGACUUCCGAGCUAAAAUGCGGAGGAUCAGCGAGGAAAAGAUUCAGUCCCUUGUGGGUCUCUCCUGGAUGGACUGGUUAAAACACACUUACCCACCAGAGCAGGAACCUGUUAUCCCAGAGAGCUUCCAAGAUAAGCUCUACAGUGGAAAUCUUGUAGUGGCUGUUCAUUUUGAUAACUGCCAGGAUGUAUUUAGUUUCCAGGUGUCUCCUAACAUGAAUCCCAUCAAGCUGAAUGAACUGGCAAUCCGAAAACGUUUGACUAUCCAUGGAAAAGAAGACGAGGAAGUUGAUCCUGCUGACUAUGUGCUGCAAGUUAGUGGAAGGCUAGAAUAUGUUUUUGGUGAUCACCCGUUAAUUCAGUUCCAGUACAUCCGCAACUGUGUGAUGAACAGGACUCUCCCUCAGCUGACUCUGGUUGAGUGUUGCACCAUCAAGAAGAUGUGUGAGCAGGAGAUGAUUGCCAUAGAAGCUGCCAUAAACCGAAAAUCAUCCACCCUUCCUCUUCCUCUGCCACCAAAAAAAACAAGAGCAACAACUAGUGUAUGGGAUAUUUCCAACCCUUUCAAGAUUAUUCUGUUAAAGGGUAAUAAACUAAAUACAGAAGAAAAUGCCAAAGUUCAUGUUAGGGCUGGUCUUUUCCAUGGUACAGAACUCCUUUGUAAAACUACUGUAAGCACAGAAAUAUCUGGGAGAAGUGACCACGUUUGGAAUGAAGAGCUGGAGUUUGAAAUCAAUGUAUGUGAUCUGCCAAGGAUGGCAAGGCUCUGCUUUGCAGUUUAUGCUGUGAUGGAUAAGAUGAAAACUAAAAAGUCCACUAAGGCAAUGAAUCCUUCCAAAUACCAAACAAUUAGGAAAGCAGGAAAAGUGGUCAAUGUUUCAGAUGAACUUGAAGAAAUGUUGAAUCCCAUGGGAACCGUCCAGACUAACCCUUACACUGAAAAUGCAACAGCUUUGCACAUUAGAUUUCAGGAAUAUUCCAAACAGCCUAUAAAUUACCCUCCCUUUGAUAAGAUACUUGAAAAGGCAGCUGAGAUUGCAAGAAACAGUGACAAUGCUGCAAUGGCGGGUCGAGGUGGUAAGAAGUUUUAUGUUGUGCUAAAAGAAAUAAUGGAAAGAGAUCCUUUAUCUCAGCUUUGUGAAAAUGAAAUGGAUCUCAUUUGGACUUUGCGAUAUGACUGUCGUGAAAAUUUCCCACAAUCAUUGCCCAAACUGCUGCUCUCUUUAAAAUGGAACAAACUUGAAGAUGUUGCUCAGCUUCAGGCUCUCCUUCAGAUCUGGCCCAAGCUGCUGCCCAGAGAAGCUUUGGAGCUGUUGGAUUUCAAUUACCCAGAUCAGUAUGUCAGGGAAUAUGCAGUGGGUUGUUUAAAGCAGAUGAGUGAUGAAGAGCUCUCUCAGUAUCUUCUCCAACUUGUGCAAGUCCUGAAGUAUGAGCCCUUUCUGGAUUGUGCACUCUCCAGGUUUCUCUUGGAAAGAGCACUUGCCAAUAGGCGAAUAGGACAGAUGUUGUUCUGGCAUCUAAGGUCAGAGGUUCACAUCCCUGCUGUCUCAGUGCAGUUUGGUUUGAUUCUGGAAGCUUACUGCAGAGGAAGUGUUGCUCACAUGAAAGUGCUUGCUAAACAGGUGGAAGCCCUUAAUAAAAUGAAGACUUUAAAUAGUCUAAUUAAGCUGAAUGCCAUGAAGCAAAGCAAAGCAAAAGGAAAAGAUGCCAUGCAUACGUGUUUGAAACAAAAUGCUUACAGAGAAGCACUUUCUGACCUUCAGUCUCCUCUGAAUCCUUCUGUUAUACUUUCAGAACUGCAUGUUGAGAAGUGUAGAUACAUGGAUUCUAAAAUGAAGCCUCUGUGGAUAGUAUACAACAACAAAAUGUUUGGAGGAGAUCUUGUAGGGAUCAUCUUUAAAAAUGGUGAUGAUCUCCGACAGGACAUGUUGACGCUCCAGAUUUUGCGUUUGAUGGACAUCCUUUGGAAAGAAGCUGGUCUGGAUCUCCGGAUAUUGCCCUAUGGCUGUUUGGCGACUGGAGAUCACUCUGGCCUUAUUGAGGCUGUUUCUAGUUCAGAAACCAUUGCUGACAUUCAGUUAAACAGCAGCAACGUUGCUGCAGCUGCUGCCUUCAACAAGGACGCGCUCCUGAACUGGCUGAAGGAAUACAAUUUAGGAGAUGACUUGGAUCGAGCCAUUGAAGAAUUUACUCUGUCUUGUGCUGGCUACUGUGUAGCUACAUAUGUGUUGGGAAUUGGUGACAGACACAGUGACAACAUCAUGGUCAGAAAAAAUGGGCAGCUCUUUCACAUAGAUUUUGGGCAUAUUCUUGGAAACUUUAAGUCCAAGUUUGGAAUUAAAAGGGAACGGGUACCUUUCAUACUCACCUACGAUUUCAUUCAUGUUAUUCAACAAGGAAAAACAGGGAACACUGAAAAAUUUGGUCGGUUCCGGCAGUAUUGUGAAGAAGCCUACUUGAUCCUGCGGAAACACGGGAACCUAUUUAUUACACUCUUUGCACUGAUGUUGACUGCAGGGCUUCCAGAGCUGACCUCUGUCAAGGACAUCCAGUAUCUCAAGGACUCUCUCGCCUUAGGGAAGAGUGAGGAAGAAGCACUAAAACAAUUUAAGCAAAAGUUUGAUGAAGCACUCCGGGAAAGUUGGACUACUAAAGUGAACUGGAUGGCUCACACUGUUAGAAAAGAUUACAGAUCCUAGAAGACUUCUGCGCUUGCACUAAGCUGAAGGUUAGCUUGAUAAGUGUUUUUAGAGGGUUAUCUGUCCUAUGGACCAACAAAACUUCAAGAAGCGUUUGGAUAACGCUCUCAGGCUCACAAACAACAAAAAGAAAUGGACUGAAAUAAUUCCUGAGUCUUUUGCACUCUGCUUCUGAAUGCUUGAUUCCAAGACUGUCUCUAGAAACAGUGAACAUCCUGGAUAAUCAGUUCCUGCUGACUUUGCACGCUGAGAGCUACUAGGCAUUUUUAAAAAUUCUUUGGUACUUUAUGGAGGUGUAAAUAUUUGUUUUUAUACGUUAGAGUAAUGUACUCUAACAUACUCGGGAGGGUUGAAGACCUCUGACAGAACUGUUCUUUGCUUAAAGUUGGGACUUGAAGAGUAAAUUUUUUUUUUAUAUCCUAAUCUGGCUAAAAAUGACCAUAUUGUAUAUAUUUUUCAUAAGACCUCUGCCCUUCUGGCACAGAUGCAUUAAUUCUACUGUAAAUAGCAACCACGGUAUCACUGUACUGCAGGGAGCUGCCCCACGUCUCGUGCUGCUGCUGAAGGAAGGGUAGAUGUCUGUAGGGUGGGGGGAGGACAGGGACAUCUUUGGGAAUGAUGCAGCAUCCAAAUGUUCAGGGUUGUGCAAUUUUGUUCCUCUGACAUAACACACACAAAAGAAGCCCUUCAGAAUCAGGAAGGUUAAGCCAAUUCCAAACGUGCCUGAGAAUCCCUCGUUGUAAUGGUCUCCCACUCAGCCCCUGGGGCUUUGCCCUCAACACCUUGAGAGGCACAUUUGGUUCAGGUUCAGCAAGAAGCUUCUUACAGCCUUACACUGGAAUUUGUAUCUCAGAUUAGUUGUUCCCUGCAAAAUGUACUGACUUAUGUAAGGGACAUUUUCAUUAAAUAUACUACACAAAGUGAUUUUUAGAGCCUACGUACCAAAAACCCCAGAACACCAAUGCCAAGUCACUGAUCUUUUCUCACUGUAUUUAUUAAAAGCUUGCAGUAAUGUUGCUUUAUGUUGAAGAUGGUUGCUGAAGAAACUGGAUUUGUUUUAAUUUAUUUAGUGAGAUACCAGGCUUUUAGGUGCUUAAAUGGAGAGCAAAUUUGUUACGUGCAAUAGGGAACUGCUAGUUCAAAGAUGUGACAUAAUGUUUCUGAACAUCAGCAAGAGAAAUUUUAACUACUGCUUGUUCUCCAAGGGACACUGGUAGCUCUUGAUUCUUGUUGACAUUUGAAAGAGAAUUAAACAUAUAUAUUUACCUUUUGACUAAGCAGUUGUUCUGCAUAGAAAUGUUGGUUUAUGUAGGAAUUUAGGUAAAGGUGCUUUUACUUUGUUGAGAGUGAUUUAUUUUUGUUGGUUUGAGGUUUCCUUGUUUCUUUUAGAGGUCAAGAACCUAACUGGAGCCAAGGUGGCAGUCUGUAUAGGGCUUGGAUUCUCUUGUCCCUCGCCCUUUGGGCUUAUCUAUCUGAAAAUCUUCUUCUUCUAGAAUAUUGUAAAAGUAACAAGUGGUUUGUGGUUUGGUUUUGUUGGGUUUGAUUUUUUUUUUAUACAAUAUAGUAGCAUUAAAAGUGCCAUUUCCCCUGGGUUAUAUAUAUAUAUAUAUAUAUAUAUAUAUAUAUAUAUAUUCUACAGCAGAUGGCAGGAAGGCUAAAAAGAAACUACAUUGCAGGUGAUAACU